CCGAGGCAGAAAGUCGUCCUUUUUCAAGAGGUGGUGUGGUGUGGUGGCCAUUCCACGUUUAUUUAUUCGCGCUGCGACGGGCGUGUUGGAGUAGUAGUUGCAUGUAGGGUGGUUUAACUUUCAAUACUUUUCAUUAGAACAACCAACUCGACUCGGCUCUUACUUUUUGCACUUCAGUUCCAAUAUUAGUAUUUAACUCGGCGGCCGUAGAUAGUUCGGCGCUGACACGUUUCUAAUCCACUAAUUGGUCGUGGUAGUGGUUGAUUAACUGAUUGUGACAGUUACGUCAGUUGCCGACUCAUUGUUUCCGUUUUUACAUCGCAACGUUGCUCGCCUUUGUUUAAGCUGGUGAUUCAUUCUUUAGCCGCCUAGAAAACCGCCUCUAUCCGCAGUGAUUAGUAAUAUGUUUAUGCGCCUCAGAAACCGACAGUUAUUGCCGUCAUGAAUCAUCAUCACGUGCAGCGGCGGCCGGCAAGCCAGCAUGACACCCGCAGCUCAUGGAACGAGCACCUGCAGCAGCAGCAGCAGCAGCAGCACACCACCACCAACACCUGCAGCAGCACCACCACCACCUGCAACAGCAGCAGCCGCAGCAGGAGCAUAGCCAUUACCAGCAGCCGCUUUUGUCGCCGCAACACCCGCAAUACCCGCCGUUAGUGUCGCCGCAGUACCCGCCGACUUUGUCGCCGCAAUUCCCGUCGCCACAGCAGCAUGCGCAAGCGCAAGAGCUUCCCUGGGACCAUAGCGACAACGUUCCCGUCGCUCCCGUUAUCGCACUCCCUGGUAACCACCUGAGCGUCUCAGGUAACCAUGGUGGUAACCACCGCCGGUCGCGGUCCAUGGGAAUGGGGGCUAUGGGGAUGGGAGCGACGGGCGUUGCGCCUGACUUUCUCGCGCAGAUUGGAGCGGCGGGCAAUAUUGACCCUCGUUUUAAGCCCAAGUUUAUAAAAUCCGGGGGGCGGGUGUGGGAAAUGUUUUCGGGACCGUCUGUUAAUAUUCUAAGGAGAGAGGACGACGCGGAUCUGCCGCCAGAGGAGUUAGCCGCCAUGGUUUCCACGCCUGUUGCGAAGCCCUUGCGCCAUAGGCGCACCAAGUCCGCCUUCCCCGCGGAUUCCGCGCAGUUCCUGCAGGAAAUGGACUUCCGCGGAGGGGAAGGGGGGAACGGAUUUGGGGAAGGAGGCGACGGCGGAGGGGGAGCGGGAACAGGGUUCGGAGGCGGGGAUGGCGGAACGGGAGCGUGGGGCGGCGGAGGGGGACAUGGGGACGAUAACGAAGAGGAUAGUAACGAGAACUUGCAGGAGAAACUUCAGGGGAAUAGUCAGGGGAAGUAUGGGAGUGGGAAUUAUGCCUCAGGUCAAGCGAAUGCCCUCCUCUCCCCCAUGCGCUUGGGCGGAAGGGAAGAAGAGGAGGAUGAGGACGUUCCCGUUGCUCCUGUGUCUCCUGUUCCUGUACAGUGGGGUGCUUUUAACGCAGGGUUUAAGGUCCCGGGCGAAGGGGGGGAAGGAGAGGAAGUAGCAGGCGUGGGGCAGCAGCAGCAGCAGCAGCAGCAGCAGCAGCAGCAGCACAGCAAGCAGCAGCAGUUGAGUGAGCAUCAGUUGAUGCUGAAGCGGCGGCACCAGCAAAACCAGCAGGCGUUGCAGAAGGAGCAGGAGAAGAAAGCGAGCGUUCAGGGGCAGCAGAUGUUGCAGCAGCAGCCGCCGCACCAGGAGCAGCAGCAACAACAGCAGCAACAAUACCAGCAGCAGCAGCAGCAGCAGAAGGGGCGAGUGGGGGCACAGGAGGAGUCACUCCAUGGGGAUGGCUGCAAGCCGCAGCAGCAGCAGCUAUCUCAGCAUGCUUAUCAGCACAGCCAGCAACAGCAGUACAACCAGCACCAGGAGCUGCAGAACAACCAGCGGUACCAGCAGCAGCAGCAGCAGCAGCAGCAGCAGCAGGGGUGGCAGCAGCAGCAGGAGGGGCAGUUGGGGUGGCAGCAGGCAGCGUGGCAGGAGCAGCAGUUCGACGGACAGGAGGAUAACGACCAGCAGGGGCUUUUCCGAUCCUCCACCGCCCCGGCCAAGCCUGCAGGCCCGGCGAACGCUGCUGCUGCUGCUGUGGCAGUGGUAAGGGAUUGGACGGGCAGCCCAUUAUCAGCAGCAAGAGUUACACCAGCCCAUCCAAUCUUCACCCUCAUUAUAGUCACGCAGGAGGGAGGGGAGAAGGGGGAGGAGGAGGAGGAGGGAGAGGAGGGAGAGGAGAGGGAGGAGGGGGAGGAGUAGCAGGGGGAGUUGGAGCAGGGGGAGGAGGGGGAAGAGGGGGGGGAUCGCAAGGCAUGUCGCGACAUAAGAGGACCAUGUCUGCUAGUGCUGCUGCUGGGGUUGGUGGUGGCUUUGGCGGUGCUGCUGCUUGGGGUGGUGCUGGUGGUGGCAUGUUUGCUGGUGGUGGGUUUCCUGCUGCUGUUGGUUCUGGUGGUGCUGGUUACCCUGCUGCUGGUAACACUGGUGCUCGUUUGCCGCCCCACCAC